AUGACUACGACGAAUUUAUUAACUGAAUUGGAUAUCAAAGAACAUGGCGUAAUUGAACGUUGGCGGUAUUUACAAAAGUCUAAAGAAGCAAAGCUGAAAUCAAAACAUUCAUCUAUUGAUCAAGCCACGCUCGCACAACAAAUUCAUGAUAAAAAUCUGCGCAACAAACAUGAACAAACGUUAUCUAAUGCUUAUGCUUGUGAUCAAACUAAACACGAUGCUAUUGUUCAGUUGCUUUCAAAUCGUCAAGAGCAUGAUCGUCGUCGUCUAGCAGAAGAUUUAAAUGUAUUUCGAGCGAAAUAUCAACAAGCAACUGAUGCUCGAGAAUCCGAUUUAAAUCUAAAUGACAUAACUCAAUCAAUAAAUAGUAGUUGUUUAUAUUUUGAUGGCGAAGACCGAAAUAAACCCGAUCGUGAAAGAAAACAAAAGAAUCAGAUGACUCGAUGGAUUGUUGAACAGUGUCGCCAGAAAUGUCUUGAAAUCGAAGAACAACGCAUGACUGAUAGAGCAUAUGAUUACAAUCAGCUGGCGGUCGUCGAUCAUUUGAAAACUCUCGAAGCCAUACAAAUGAAGCGACGACGCCAGUUAAGCAAUAAUAUCAAAGCAUUCAAUCAAGCCGAGCAAAAACAAUGUCAACGACGUGUAAGAGAAACAAUGGAAUAUGAAGACAAAAAACAAGAGAUUACCAACAUGUUGACAGAAGAAAUAUUGACCGAAAAGAAGUACUUAUCGAAAUUUCAAUUUAGUACUCAACAUCGGCUGUUAAUUCGUCCGAAAGACAUGUCCUCAUCGAGUUCUACUCGUUGA